AGUGUUGUUGUCAACAAGAGUGUCUUUAGUCAGACAGAGAGCCGGGUGGUCUCCUACGCCAUGUUGCAUGACACGAAGCCGACUCCCGUCAGCUGCUGACUCGCGUUAGCUGCUCGGUGGCUAAGCUAACACGGACUGCACUGCGCCCAUGCGCACCUCUAUUUAACGCGUAACGAAGCAAUUGUUUCCGGUUCAAGAUGACAACUUCGUGGAGCGACCGUCUGCAGAAUUAUGCCGACAUGCCAGCCAACAUGGACGGCGUGGCCAUGAAGAAGUACCGGCGUGAAGCUCACCAAAGCUUUCCAAGGGAUCUGGCUCAAAACCAUCCUGCAUUGAGAGUGUUUGUCAACCGAAGCUUGGCCAUGGAGAAGAUCAAGUGUUUUGGCUUCGACAUGGAUUACACUCUGGCAGUGUACAAAUCCCCUGAGUACGAGUCGAUGGGCUUCGACCUGACGGUGCAGCGCCUGGUGUCCAUUGGUUAUCCACAAGAGCUGCUCAACUUUGUCUACGACGCCUCCUUCCCCACCAGGCCGGUUCACUUGUUCAAAUACACGUCGUGGUGCUUUGUCCUCUCUGCCUCUGACACCCGCCUGUCCUUCCUUCUCAGAGGUCUGGUGUUUGACUCCAUGUAUGGAAACCUGCUCAAAGUGGACGCUUACGGCAACAUCCUGGUGUGUGUGCAUGGGUUCAACUUUUUGAAGGGACCUGACACCAGAGAGAUGUACCCCAACAAAUUCAUUCAGCGCGGAGACACGGAGCGCUUCUACAUCCUCAACACACUCUUCAACCUGCCUGAAACUUACCUCUUUGCCUGCCUGGUGGACUUCUUCAGUAACUGCUCCAGAUACACGAGCUGUGACACCGGCUUCAAAGAUGGGGACCUUUUCAUGUCCUAUCAGAGCAUGUUCCAGGAUGUCAGAGAAGGAGUGGACUGGGUUCAUUUUAAGGGCUCCUUGAAAGAAAAGACCGUUGAAAACCUGGAGAAGUAUGUGGUGAAGGAUCCAAAGCUUCCUCUCCUCCUCAGUCGCAUGAACGAAGUAGCCAAAGUGUUUCUGGCCACCAACAGUGAUUACAAAUACACAGAGAAAAUUAUGACCUACCUGUUUGACUUUCCUCACGGCCCGAAGCCGGGUACACCCCAUCGGCCCUGGAAGUCCUACUUUGACCUGAUCUUGGUGGACGCUCGCAAGCCUGUGUUCUUUGGGGAGGGAACGGUGCUGCGGCAAGUGGACACUCUCACAGGCCGGCUGAAGAUCGGCACGUACACGGGACCCCUCCAGCAUGGCAUCGUUUACUCUGGAGGUUCCUCAGACAUGGUGUGUGACCUGCUGGGCGCUAAAGGAAAGGACAUCAUCUACAUUGGAGACCACAUUUUCGGCGACAUCCUGAAAUCCAAGAAGCGGCAGGGCUGGAGGACGUUCCUGGUGAUCCCCGAGCUGGCCCAGGAGCUGCAUGUGUGGACCGACAAGAGCUCCAUAUUUGAGAAACUUCAGUCUCUGGAAUGCUCCCUUGCAGAGCUUUACAAGCACCUGGACAGCAGCAGCAAUGAGAGGCCCGACAUCAGCUCGCUGCAGGGACGGAUCAAGAAAGUGACACAUGACAUGGACAUGUGCUACGGCAUGAUGGGAAGUCUGUUCCGCAGUGGAUCCCGACAGACGCUGUUUGCGUCCCAGGUGAUGCGCUACGCUGACCUGUACGCCGCCUCCUUCAUCAACCUCCUGUACUACCCCUUCAGCUACCUGUUCCGAGCGGCACACGUGCUGAUGCCCCACGAGUCGACAGUGGAGCACGCCCACGUCAGCGCCAUCGACGCGGAGUCCCCGCUGGCCACGCGCAACCGCCACGCCGUCGACUUGAAGGAGUGCAAACGGCACCAGCUGACCAGGUCCGUCAGCGACAUCCAGCCCAGCCACUUCUUCCCUCAGGCCCCACGGGAGAUCACGCACUGCCACGAUGAGGACGAUGACGAGGAGGAGGAGGAGGAGGAGGAGUAGGAGGAGGAGAGCAGCACAGGGGUCUGCAGAUGAGGCUUUUUAUUGUUUUAAGGGGGUCUCUCUUGUGUCCUAACAUCUGCUUGCUGAUUGGUCGAUCCAAAAGGGACGCCUCACCCUGAAGAUGGCCAUAUUCUUUGUCUGUUGUCACUUCUUUUAGAAUACUAGCGUCCGGUUAAAUGUCUGAAACGCAUUUUCUCUUCAGCGACAGCAGCCUCAACAGAGCUGGAGACCAGAGGUCUAAAUACCAGCACAUCCAAGGGUGAUUCCUACGCUCGGUACACUUAAGAUUCAAUGAUAAAAGGGGUCUUCUCCAGCAGAGAGCUUGCAACGUCCGCUGUGGUGAGGUGAAGUCAACAGGAAAUUGCUAAUAGCUCAUGAUACCAGCUUAGAGGAACUCCACCAUCUCAGAACCCCAAAUUCCUCCUGUGCGAGAAUGUGAAGUCCGUACUGUAUUAUCGUAUAUCUGCAUUACAGAUAUUACACCAGGCAUCAUUCAUCUCACUUUGAGUUGACAAUUAUUGUCAACCUAUAUGUUGAACACGAGGGGUGGAAUGGUGAUAACACUCCACUGAAAUCAAAGUGAAAUUCCCCAAAUUCUAAGACGAGGCCAAAUUGGCCUGAAGAUUUCAUUGGACGGGGCGAUGUUAUGACAGCAGCCGUGAGCCCACGAGUAUUAACGUGCACUAAAUGCAUAGACUGAGUGUGUGGUGUGUUAACUGCUUUUAUGAAUAUUGUUGUUCACUGAGGGAAUUAAUCAGGAGAGAAGCGACUGCCGUACAAGCAGAGGAGUCGCCCCCUGCUGGUCAGUAGGCUGAAUUGACAGAACGCUCUGUUAGCACACAGAUGGACGUAGGCAUCCAACAGUUUGUAUUAAUAUGAUGUAAUGCUCUUUUAAAUUAACGGUUAAUAUGAAUGCCAUAAUCAAUUGUAAUGAUGGGAGUGGUUUAUAUGACUAGUUCCACUAAUGGCCUCCAUCAUUUCGUGUUAGUGCUUUUGAUGCUACUGAUGUUCGUUGUCACGCUGCCAUUACUGUGAAGGGAUGAGUGGAGACUGAGGGCGGUUUCCAUGGCGAUAGUGUCAAUGCGAUCAGGGUGCAAUAACAUUUUAGUGCUGAUGUGCUUGUGUUUUUCUGGGUGUUAUGUUGGGUUCAUUUGUUUAUGAACACUGUAUUAGUGACAUGUUAUAGUCCAAAGCAAAGAAGCUAUUUCUAAAAGUUGAUAGAAAUGGCUAAAUGACAUCAUCAUCUCCUUUAUUGUAGCAGACCCUUUGGGAGAGGAAUACAAGGGAACAAAGACGAGUUAAAUGAUUAGAACUAUGAAUUCAGUUUCUUCUGUUGAUCCUUUUUUGUUCACUUCUCCAAAUAACUGUAAUUGAGUAUAAUAAAAUGACUAUAAUUAAAUAUAUUGAAUGAAUAUUGGAACUGCCCGUGCUCUUGAGUGUGUGCUGUUUUGGUGCAUCAGCUGGCUUGUUUUAUCAUGCUUUGCUGUAAAUAAACGUGACUUCUGCUUC